AGCAGCCCACUCAACUUCAGAGGGAUGAUUGAAAAGAUUACAGGGAAAAAUGUCCUCAUCUAUUUCAAUGGAUACGGAUGCUACUGUGGAAAGGACGGGAAGGGGAAACCAAGGGAUGAAAUAGACAUGUGCUGCUUCAACCACAGUUGCUGUUAUGAUAGGUUAGAUUUCGAUAAGUGCCACCCACUGAUAGAGCACUACAACUUUCUGAUUGUGAAUGAUGAUGUCCGCUGUGAGAACGAGGAGAAAUCCAGGUGCCCCACAUGGGUGUGUGAAUGUGACCGGGAAGCCAGCCUUUGCUUCAGGAGAAAAGCCAAGACCUACAACAAGUUUUUCCAUCAUUAUCCUGCCGUCUUGUGCACAGAGGCCACCCCCAAAUGUCCAGCUGAUUUAGGCUUGCGAACGGGUAUAUCGGGAGGCGACGGAGAGAUUCUCUUCUGGGGAGGGGCGGAUAUGGAGAGUCCUCCAGAGAAACCUUUAAAAGCAACGAGAGGGGAUUGCCAGAAAGGCUUUCGUUGCCUGGGCAACGGGGAGCCAGCCCGGGGGGGGCGUCACGGGGAGGAGGGGUCGUUGCCAUGGGACACGGGAGGGAAGCAGAGGAUAGAGUUGGUGGGUCUCUGGAUAGUUUUCGUUGUGGGGUUGUAA